GUCAGUAAAUCUAACGAUUAUCGCCUUUGCAUCAUAUUUUGGCGCCCAACGCCUGAUUUCCGUUGAUUUUCUUCACCUACACUGUAUAUUAUCCCCGACACAGAAACUCCCACUCAACUGAAUAAUCGAAACUUGAUAUUCAUGGCUUGGCGGCUCUUUAUGAAGAAAACCCUAACCCUAAUCGUAACGCCUUCCUUUCCAAACCCUAAUUCAUUUAAAAUCUCCCCCUUCUCCACCUCGUUUCUCGUCACCAAACUCCCCAAAAAGCUCCGAAAGAAACGAAAAAAGCCCGAUUCUCCCCGAACCAGGCCUGUCCAGCCCGACUCGGUCCGAAUCCCUCACUUCGAAUCUGUCCUGAAUCGCGAUUCUGUCUUCAGGUUCCUCAUCAAAAGCAAAGAAUUCCUCUCCAAACAGCCAGAAUGCAUCCUCCGCCUUGACGAUGCCGGCAAGCUCCACCGUGAGUUGGGCUUCCCGCGCGGCCGUAAAGUUAUCAAGUCAAUUCAACGGCAUCCACUAAUCUUUGAAGUUUAUCGCCAUACGGACAACAAAAUGUGGCUUGGAUUCACCGAAUUCGCGGAGCAGUUGCUGGAAGAUGAGAGGUCGAUCAUGGACUCUAUGGAAAUGGACAGGGUUAAUAAGGUUCGAAAAUUGUUGAUGAUUUCGAAAGAAAAGAGGAUUCCUCUGAGUAAAAUUUAUCAUAACAGGUUGUUAUUUGGAAUUCCUGAAGAUUUCAGGGACCGGGUUGCCAAAUACCCUGACUAUUUUCGAACGGUUGUUGAAAAUGAUGGCAAAAGGUUUCUUGAAUUGGUUACUUGGGAUCCGAUCUUAGCUGUGAGUGAAUUACAGAGACAGUUUAUUGUUAAUGAGGAUAAGGUUAUGAAAGCAUUUAAAUUUCCUGUCAAGUACGGGAAAGAUUUGGGUUUGGAUGAAAAUGAUAUGAGAAAGCUUAACUUGUUGAACACUUUUCCAUUGGUGUCGCCGUAUAGCGAUGGGUGGAAGUUGGACAUUUGGAGUUUGGAGGCGGAGAAGUAUAGGGUAGGGAUUGUGCAUGAGUUUUUAAGUUUGACAUUAGAGAAAAGGGCAAGUAUACAUCAUAUUGUGGAGUUCAAGGAGGAGUUUAGCUUGACUAGGCGAACAUAUGAGAUGCUUAAGAAGCAGCCUCGGACAUUUUAUUUAGCAGGUACAGAGAUGAAUUGGGCGGUGUUUUUGAAGGAUGCUUAUGAUGAGAAUGGGGGUUUGAUCGAUAAGGAUCCACAGUUGAUUUUUAAUGAGAAGCUGUUUAAGUUUGCACAAAUGCAGGAAGGGGAAGUGGUUUCUGGUGCAGGUGAGAAAUAAUGUGGACAUUGGAAUUUUCAGAGGUGAAAAGAAGGAGAUUUAGGUGAAUAAAGAUCAGUCUUCUGUUGUCACAAGUAAUUUCAACAGAGCAAUUCUGGGGCUUUGCUAACUCCUAUUUAGUUUGUUCAGAAAUGGCCCUUGAUAUUAAAACCAAAAUGAGUUCAAGUUAGAAGUAAUCUUGCCGCUCCUAUACUGUGAUCAUCCGUAUUUAUCUGCCUUUUUACUAGUGCAGUGUGAUAGCAGAAGUCACUUGCGGUUGUUGCUGAUUUUUUUAUUGUUAUGUGCAGUCAGAUCAUGUAUGGAAAGAAGUUAUCUAAGCAUUAACGAAGUUAUGGGAAUUUUUUUAAGAUCUUUGUAUUUGGAUUUGUCUCGUUUUGCUGGCAAUCAUUGAAUGUUCAACUACUUUUGGGUUCACUCACAUCCAACAUGAGGGCACAUUCGGUAGAUCCAUGACUUAAGGACAUGGUAUUUGACUCUGUUCAAGGUUUCGACUGUACUUUAAGGCGAGAACUGUCUAUUGAAUUCAGAACAGAAUAUAGAAUUCUUCGCAAAUAGUGAUAAGAUUUUGGCCUGUAUGAAAUUAAAGUUCGUUGUUCUAGUGCUAUAUAGAAAACCGUGAAAUCUUCAAAUCCUCGACAAUGCAGAAUUACCUGGUUUCUUCAGAUGCAAAACUGCAUAUUUGUGAUUUUUACUUCUUGUCCCAAACAUAUGAUGGCUACCACCCACUGAAUGGCCCCAGUUUGAACCGGUCGUUAUCUACAUACUGUAGAAGAUUAAGUUGCCACUGAAUUUAUACAUAUGGUCCUCCAAUGAAUCUGAACCUCUGGCCUCCAUUGUUUCCGGACCAGUUUCAUCUUAAUAAUAUGACAGGGUAGCUCUCACUGUCAUAUUAUUAAAGACCGGUUUCAAUAGGGAUUUUUAAAGACCACUGAGCACUGAUACGUGGCAGGAAUUGUAUCCAUCAGUCAGUUUGUGUUGUGUUAGGCAUAACUUUUGCUUAUCAUUUGUCUUGGGUGGG